AUGUCAUUCACAGGGACGCUGGAUAAAUGCAAAGCUUGUGAUAAGACUGUUUAUUUUGUUGAUUUGUUGUCUGCUGAUGGGGCUACUUACCACAGGUCUUGCUUCAAAUGCAGCCACUGCAAGGGAACUCUUGUAAUGAGCAACUACUCAUCCAUGGAUGGAGUCCUCUACUGCAAGACUCACUUUGAGCAGCUUUUCAAGGAAUCUGGCAAUUUCAGCAAGAACUUCCACACAUGGAAGCCUGACCAACCACUGGCCAGGACCUCAACCCCAAGCAAACUCUCUUCACUGUUCUGUGGCACCCAAGAUAAGUGUGCAGCUUGUACCAAAACUGUGUAUCCACUUGAGAAGGUGACAUUGGAGGGAGAAUCAUACCACAGGUCAUGCUUCAAGUGUGCUCAUGGGGGUUGCCCCCUCACGCACUCAUCCUAUGCUGCCCUAGAUGGAGUCCUCUACUGUAGGCACCACUUUGCCCAAUUGUUCAUGGAGAAAGGCACCUACAGCCAUGUCCUUGAGGCUGCCAACAAGAAAACCGGCGCCACCACAACCGAUGCUGAACUGGAAGCAGAAUCUAAUGAAGUAAAAGAAGGAGGAGGAGGAGAAGAAGAGCAAGCCAAAGCUGAACCAGACCAGGCACAAAACUAG